AUGCCUUCAGCGAACUCCGAAGACUUGCGGCGAAAGUUUCUAGUUGUGCAACAACAACGAUCCGCACCACCCAACCUGACCGGCGACAAUUUCGGACAGGCACCGCACCACAGCACAAUGCCAACGACAGCUCCCACAUUGGGGACCAAUGGCGAACCGGAGCGCACCUAUGUCUUUCCGGGCACACAUCAGGUGGGCAAUGCGCCAACAGGUAGCAUGUCCGGCGGACCUGGCAUACCCGGUGUGGCAAUCAUAUCCAGUCACGUCAACACCACUCUCAAUCCCGCUGGACAGUCGCGUGGUGGCCAUGCGCGUUCCGUCAGUCAUGGCGGUGGUGCUAUUGUCGCUGUCGGUGCCGGCGGACGACCCAUUAAGUCGGCCAUGAAGGGCCAUCAGCGUGCCUUCUCCCAGGGUCAGAUAACGGACUCGCCGCCGGGUAGUGCUGCGCCUGCGGGACGUGGCCAUAGUCGCGUCGGCUCCAAAACGGAUUUCAUUCUUCCUCCGGGACACAAGGAUGAACCGGUAAGGGAGCGUGAGUUCGGUCCUUCGGCGCCAAGCUCAGCAACUGGCGGACGUGGACAUUCCCGUCAAGCAUCCCGCUCUGAAUCGAUCUACACGCUGCGACGCACCGAGGUGCCGCCUUGGUGGAAACGUUUCAGUCUCUGCAAUUACAAUACCAAUGACAAGUUCGAGGAGCGCAGCUAUCGCAUGGUGGUGCCCAACCACACGGUGCCACCAAAGACUCCAAAACGGGAGCAUCCCAAUGGCCAGUUUGUGGGCAACAAAAUACGCACAACAAAGUACACUCUGCUCUCGUUUAUUCCGAAGAAUCUGCUGGAACAGUUCCAUCGCGUGGCCAAUUUGUAUUUCAUUUUCAUUGUUCUCCUUAAUUGGGUGCCGGCCAUCAAUGCCUUUGGCAAGGAGGUGGCCAUGAUUCCGGUGCUCUUUGUCCUGGGUGUGACGGCUGUCAAGGAUUUGUUCGAGGAUCGACGUCGACGAGCGUCAGAUAAACGCAUUAACAACACAACCUGCCGGGUCUAUGACGGGGAAACGGAGCGCUAUAAACGAAUUAAAUGGCAAGAUUUGCGUGUUGGAGAUAUAGUCCAUCUGUCGAAUAAUGAGACGGUUCCCGCGGACAUUCUAUUACUUCGCACAAGUGACCCCCAUGGGGUUUGCUAUAUUGACACCUGCGACUUGGAUGGCGAAACAAAUCUAAAACGCCGUGAGGUUGUACGUGGCUUUACCGAAAUGCAGAAUAUAUUUGUGCCCAGCAAGUUUAUGAGUUUCGUGGAGGCGGAUGCCCCAACAACAAAGCUAUAUAGAUUCCAUGGGGCCUUAAUACAUCCAACGGGAGAGCGUGUACCCAUAUCGACCGAGUGCCUUUUGUUAAGAGAAAGCAGACUGAAGAAUACGGAUUAUAUUGAAGGCAUUGUUGUCUAUGCCGGACAUGAAACAAAGUCCAUGCUAAAUAAUAGUGGUCCAAGGUACAAGCGCUCCCAGGUGGAACAGCAAAUGAAUAUUGAUGUGAUAUGGUGUGUGAUAAUAUUGUUGAUCCUUUGCGUUGUUGGCGCCAUCGGCUGCACCAUGUGGCUGCGCUCCUUUGUUAACUUUCCCGUGCCCUAUUUGCCGUUUCCCGUUGACCCCGCCUACGAGGGCAUGCUGACCUUUUGGACUUACAUCAUCAUACUGCAGGUGAUGAUACCGCUCUCACUGUACGUGACCAUUGAGCUGUGCAAGAUAUUGCAAGUGUUCCACAUACACAACAACAUUGAUUUGUAUGACGCGGAUACCAACAAACAGACGGAAUGUCGUGCCAUGAAUAUAACCGAGGAACUGGGUCAGAUUCAACAUAUAUUCUCGGAUAAAACGGGCACAUUGACCGAGAACAAGAUGAUCUUCCGUCGCUGUGUGGUCAAUGGUGCCGACUACAAUCAUCCGCCAUCAGAGCUGGAGAAACUGUAUGCUAAGCCAGGAGCACCAGCUCCUCCGCUGUUGCCCAACGAAGCCCUAAUCGAUGACAUGACACAGUUGAGUGGAGGAGCAUUUCUCACACCAAAUGCACAGCGUAUACAGGAGUUCCUGGUCGUGAUGGCCAUCUGCAAUACGGUGAUCGUUAGUGCGGCACCGCAUCGCGAUCUCAUGAAUGCCAGCGGGGUCAUUGAGCUGCAUCAAAGCGGCAGCAAUCCGACCAUGAACUCCUCUCCAGCCACAGUGAAACAUGUGCGUUCGAUGCGGGGAAAACUGUUAACCACCACAACGACGACGACGACAACAACUAUACUGAAUGGUGGAGCACAACCGGCUGCAAUGGCUAUGCCAGCGGAUCGAUAUACACGGCUGGCCGAGUCGCGAUCUGUGACACCGUCGCCGCCUCCUAAUCUGCUGUUUGCAAUGCCCGCACAGAGUCAUCAACCGACCUUGUCGCCCAUCAGCAGUUCACCGGAGUCUACGCCCAAUUCGGAAUCACCAUCGCCGCCAAUGAAGAACAAGGCGAUCUCGAACAGCAUUUCACCAACGGGUCGAGCCAAGGCUGUGAUCAACUCCAAGAUUACCAGCAUAGCCACCUUUCUGAAUGCCAAGACACAAGGCAAGCGACUCAAGAUCAAUGAAACAAAGACACAAACUAUCUACAGAACCGCCGAUGGACGUCCUCUUUACGAGGCCGAGAGUCCGGACGAGCUGGCGCUUGUCAAUGCCGCUUACAGCUACGAUUGUUGCCUACUGAAUCGCAGUCCCAAUCAUAUCCUGGUGAGCAUGCCCACGGCAAGCGCCACCGUCGAGUACGAGAUACUCAAGAUACUGCCCUUCGACUCCAGUCGCAAGUGCAUGUCUAUUGUGGUGCGGCAAACGGGCACCCAAGAGAUCGUUCUGUACACAAAGGGUGCGGACAGCUCCAUCAUGCCCGUGCUGGCACCGUGUGCUCACAAUAGUGCUGAAGGUUUGCUCCGCGAACAGACGCAGCAGCAGCUGGAUCGCUAUGCGAGGGAAGGUCUUCGCAUUCUUGUGAUGGCCAAGCGAACGUUAAAUGCUGCCGACUACACGGAUUGGUGGGCACGUCAUCAGGAAAUUGAAAUGUCCCUGGAUAAUCGUGAACGACGACUGCGCGACUCAUUCGCAAAGCUCGAAAACAAUUUGACGCUACUUGGAGCAACUGGCAUUGAGGAUCGACUGCAGGAUGGUGUACCCGAGACGAUAGCUUCGCUACUUGCAGCGGGCAUAUCCGUCUGGGUGCUGACAGGAGAUAAACCCGAAACGGCCAUCAAUAUUGCCUACUCCGCAAAGCUUUUCACUCAGCAAAUGGAGCUGAUCAAGCUGACCGCUCGUUCUCGGGAUGCUGCUGAGACGGCUAUUAAUUUCUUUCUGACGGAUUUGAGAAAUGCCAAGGCGACAACAUCCACUGGGUAUAGUCUAACGCCACGCAGCAAACCACGUGCUUUGGUUGUGGAUGGCAAGACGCUGACCUUUAUACUAGAUUCCAAAUCAAAGUUGAUUCUGCCUUUUCUGAAGCUGGCCACAGCCUGCGCCUCGGUGCUCUGCUGUCGUUCGACGCCUCUGCAAAAGGCCUAUCUGGUCAAGGUGGUUAAGGAGGAGCUGAAUCUGCGCACUCUGGCCAUUGGCGACGGGGCCAACGAUGUCUCCAUGAUACAGAUGGCAGAUGUGGGCGUGGGUAUCUCUGGACAAGAGGGCAUGCAAGCUGUCAUGGCUGCAGACUUUACACUAUCGCGCUUUCGUUACCUGGAAAGACUGUUGCUCUCACAUGGCUAUUGGUGCUAUGAUCGCCUGGCACGCAUGAUACUCUACUUCUUUUACAAAAAUGCGGCUUUUGUUUUUCUAAUAUUCUGGUAUCAAUUGUAUUGCGGCUUCUCUGGCUCUGUAAUGAUGGACCAAAUGUAUCUAAUGCUCUACAAUUUACUCUUCACUUCACUGCCGCCCCUCGCAAUUGGUGUCUACGAUAAUCGAGUUCCGGAGGAUUUGCUCUUAAAGAAUCCAUAUCUCUAUAAAAACGGUCGCUUGGGUCUUGUCUAUAGGCCACAUGACUUUUGGCUGAUAUUAUUGGACUCCCUCUAUCAGUCUCUUGUCAUAUUCUUUGUGUCUCUCUGUGCGUAUGCAGAAAGUGACGUGGGAAUUUGGGAAUUCGGUACAACCAUUACAGCAAGUUGUCUUUUUGCCAACUUAGUGCAUUGUGGAAUUGAAAUCCGAUCCUGGACGGUGCUGCAUGUUAUUUCCAUAAUGCUGAGUCUGGGAUCGUUCUAUUUCUUUUCCAUUACGUACAACUCCAUGUGCGUCAAUUGCUUCGGACUGCCCUCCACCUACUGGGUCAUCUUUAAAUGCUUUGCCUCAACGGUGCACUGGCUGGUCAUAUUGCUUUCCACAGUGGUUGCAGUGCUGCCACGAUUGCUACUGAAUACAGUGCGCACCUCCAUGUGUCCCGACGACAGCACCAAAGUCAUCCUGCAAAACAAACGUGAGCGCAGCAGAGGUGAGGGUUUAUUAGUUACAUGGUCGCGCUCGACGUCAGCCUCAUCAAUAUAUAGAAUCGCCGAUUAUGGGUCUAAGAAUCAGAUUAUAACAACGAUUACCUGAUCCAGCGCCAAGUUGCAACACUCACUACAAUUACGAAAAUCACAACCCAAUACUUACUACACAUGUGCUUUCAGUUUAAAAGUGUGGCCUUUCGACACCGAUUAAUAUAUAAUUUAGAAUAAAUUAAUUAAGUUAACCCACUGCAACUCUCUAGUUUCUGAAAUUCACUUCUGAAAGCGUAGUUAUACUUAGUAGAAAUUUAGAUUGAUUAUAUGUGUAUUAGUUAUAAUGAUAUUUGUUAAAAAAAAUGGAUUAUUAAUUACUGAAUUAAUUAUAUAGCAUAUUUAAGUUACAAAAUUUGCCUUAAUAUUAAAACGCAUCAAUAAGAAACAAUUGCAAAAGCUAUAAUAUAUACACAAUUUAGAAAUAUAUGUCUCAUAAUUUAUGAAUAUUUAUUGUAUAUAAGUAGGAUAUUAAUAUAUGUACAUGUAUAUCAAAAUGUAUACGUAUUUUCCUACGCAUAUUUAGUGCAUAUAGCCAGCCACCUAAUUAAUUAGAGUAAUCUUAACACAUGCGACGCAAUUAUUAUUAAACAAAAAAAACUGAUUAAAACAAUACUAUAUUUGAAACUAUAUGUUUGCGUGCAAUCUAUAUGGAUUAUUUAAGCGAUUAUCAUAAAAAAAAAAAAGAAUACAAAAAAACGAUAACUUUUAAUACUGGACAAUUCAAAAAGAACCGAACUUCAACGUUCGAUGUUUGUGAAAAGGCUGUGAUUCUACACUCAUGAGAAAUAUAUCUAUAAAUAAGCAAAACAACCAUUUACAUGCAUAUAUUAUAUAGUUUCAUUAAUUCAAGUAUUAUUAAACAAACUCACAUACGUUUCUCUUUAGUUUGUUGUCAAAAACAAAUUGAAUUUUCUACUUUUAUAAUUUGAGCAACUGUCAAACGAUAACUAUGUCUAUAUCCAUUAAUUGUUCUAAACUAUUUACCUUAACUGUAUGUAUAUCGUUUCUAGAGAGAACAAUAUAACAACAAUUAAAUAAUACAAAAAAAAUGCAAUAAUUUAGUGUACGUUAAAAAUUAAAACAACAACAAACAUAAAAAAACAACGUUAGCUGAAUAUUUACAUUGUUAAAAAGCAAAAAAAUCAUUAAAUGAAAUAAAUGUAUAUUUACUUAAAAAUAU